UUUGCGAAUCUACCGGAUACUCUUCGGUUUCGAUCUAGAUUACGGAGGUCACGUGGUAAAAAAAAUGGAAGAACUAGGUCAUGUCCUUGAUGUGAAGCCAUUCUCAGGUUAUUAUGUCUCUUGUCCAAACUGCAAGAGAAAACUGAGAGAAAAAGCAACAAGAGAUAGUUCCAAUAGCUAUUGGUGUUUGAAAUGCUCCCAGUUGGUUCCAAAGGUAUCAUUAACUUACCUACUAGCUCUUUCUAUUGUUAAAUGCGAUAGCGAUGAGUGCAUUGAUGUGAUAAGUUUUGGUGGGCGACUGGAUCACUUGCUAGGUGCAACAGCUUACCAUGUUCAUCAGUUUUUAAUUGAAAUUGGUUCUCAAAGCCCUUCCUCACUACUUCACAAAGCACUCUCUGUCAUUUUUUCUGGACGUCAUUUUCUUUUUAAAUCUUUGAGACUCAACAGGAAAUUUAAAGACAGUACAACUUCCUUUCUUCCUGUAUCCAUUAGACAAUUUAAUGAAAUGAGAUGUGCGGCUCCUUUCCUUAUUUUAAUUACAAUGAAAGCUCUUCUUUCUCCUUCUAAUACUAUUUGUACUUCUUUACAAGAACAGGAACUUGUUAGUUUUGGUAGGAGUGGUUUGUACAGUGAGAAAUCUCUACUACAGUCUGAACCAUCUUUUAUCAAACUCGAAUCCAUUAGUGAUACUACACCUACUACAUUGUCCCAGCAAUCAGAAAGGGAUGAGAAUAACAGUUCAUUACAAUCUUUAGGUCUGACAAACUCAAGUCAAUUUUGGAGGGACUUUUUUAACAGUAGCAGCAGCAGUAUCAUUGCAGAGAAUGUUCCAGAUUGCUCCAGUUCCAUCAUUGAAGAGCUUCAAAAAGAAACCUGUGAAGCAGACACUAGAACAACAGGGACUUCAUCAAUAAGUAAUAAUUCUCCUUUAAAUGUUCAUCCGCCAUCUUUAUCAAGAUUACCCCUUCAUUCUCCUGUAGUUUCAGAUCAUAAAUUCCCUGAGGUUGGCUUUAAGGAUGAAACUGAUACUGAACUGAUGUAUGAACUCAUGAGAGAGCUUGAUUCAAUGACUGAUAGGUCAUUAUUCACAGCUCCUCCAUCUUGCCAAGUCCCUUUUGUUGAUGACUUAUCAACACAAUUUGUGAAAGACCUAAACCUUUCUAAUUUUUCGUCCUCAAAUAAUACUCUUGAGGGAGAACCAUCCAAUCACUUCAGCCUUCCAAAUAUUUCACUCAAUCCUUCUCAAGAUAAUACUAUUAACUGUAGUGUGUGUAAAAAGAGAAAUUCAUCACCUACACCAUCUCAAAUGACUCUAUCACUUUCAUUUCAGUUGUUCUCACCACUCAAUAAGCAUGCAUGCAGUAGUCAAAUGCAAUCUUCAUUAUCUCCUGAGUUAUUUAAGAAUUGGUCAGCCUCCUCACAUGUCAUUAGCAAUAGCACUGAUACUGGCAUUGUAGCUGAUGCUACUCCUCUUCCUACACUUUCCUUUACUGCUCCUACCUCAAGCAUUACUGGUACUAGUGUACCUUCUAUUACAAGUAUUGCUACUACUUGGAAUAUUUCUUCGUAUACCUCAACGCCUGUUGUUCAUCUCCAAAGGGCACCAACCAGAUUAUGGCAACAAAGAAAUAAAGAAAAAGAAGGAAGUGAGAAGGAUCGCAAGCAAGUACUAUCUUCUCUCCCUAGGAAAAGGAAACUGGAUAUUGUAAAACUAAAUGAUAGUCCAAGUGACACUCAUGCUGAUAAUGGAGCUAUUUCAAAUUAUACUGAAAGUAGUAAAACACAAAAAAAUUCAAUACAAGAUUCACCAGAUUUAUUUUAAUACAUGCACUCAAAUAAUAAUAAUAAUGUUCCUUUUUUAUUUUUACUGCAUUGUUUCUUUUUUUAUCAAAUUUAGUGUGUGUACACUUUAUAAUAAAAUUUCCUAUUUUGACUAUUCAGUCAUCAUAUCCUCGUAAA